AUGGGCAAGCACAAGCAAGAGCGCGACAAACUCACACAAGCAUGGUCUGAUCUCAACCAAGCGAAUCAUGCUGCCCGCCAACGAGCUUCACAACCACGACUGAUCGAGGAGACGAACUCAGAUACCCACCUUCUUUACCACAAAGUCCAGUCACACACAAUCACAGGACCUGGUUGCAUUGCAGUGCAAACCAAUUAUAUAUGCUCGCAAACAGAUGCUAGCGUCCCUAGUGGCCUUCAAGUCCCGUCGCAAACACAAGAACCUGAAUUCAGCUUGGACGACAACUUGGAUGCUGCAUAUUCUGUUUACGACGAUUACAUAGCCGACACAUCUUGUGAACCCAAAAAGCGAAAAUGA